CCCCCCUCCCCGCCUCCUGCAGUUCGUGGCCCACCCCAACGUGCAGCAGCUCCUGGCGUCCAUCUGGUACGAGGGCCUCCCCGGAUUCCGCCGCAAGAACAUGGCGCUGCAGGCCCUCGAGAUCGUCAAGAUCGGCCUUCUGUUCCCCAUCUUCUCCAUCGUGUACAUCCUGGCCCCGCACACGUCCCUCGGCCAGACCAUGCGGAAGCCGUUCAUCAAGUUCAUCUGCCAUUCUGCCUCCUACUUGACCUUCCUGACUCUGCUAAUCUUGGCCUCGCAGCGGAUAGAGACCGUCAUCGUGGAUUGGUUCGGCGCCACGCCCACGCUCAAGAAAUGGGUGGCCACGGACGUAACCACCCGCAGAGGGGCGCCGCCGAGUCUCGUGGAGUGGUUAAUUCUCGCCUGGGUCUUUGGACUGAUAUGGUCGGAAAUCAAGCAGCUGUGGGACGUGGGGCUGCGGGAGUAUGUGGGCGACAUGUGGAACGUCAUCGACUUCAUCACCAACGCCCUCUACGUGGCCACCAUAGCGCUCAGAAUAGUCGCGUACUAUCAGGUGCAGCGGGAGGUGCGAGACAACACGGGCACGGAGAACCUACCCCGGAAGGAGUGGGACACGUGGGACCCCAUGCUCAUUGCCGAGGGCCUCUUCGCCGCGGCUAACAUCUUCAGCUCGCUCAAGCUGGUGUACAUCUUCAGCGUCAACCCCUACUUGGGGCCCCUGCAGGUGUCGCUCUCGCGGAUGGUCGUGGACAUCCUCAAGUUCAUCUUCCUCUACCUCCUCACGCUGUUCGCCUUCUCCUGCGGAAUGAACCAGCUGUUGUGGUUCUACGCCGACCUGGAGAAGCAGGUGUGCGACGAAAAGGCGAGGAACGGCAUGAGCUACGACGACACAGAUUCGUGCAUAGUGUGGCGGAGGUUCUCAAACUUGUUCGAGACGACGCAGACGCUGUUCUGGGCGGCCUUCGGGCUCAUCGACCUCGGCAACUUCGAGCUGGAGGGAAUCAAGCCCUUCACCAGGUUCUGGGGGAUGCUCAUGUUCGGCACGUACUCGGUCAUCAACGUCAUCGUCCUCCUUAACCUCCUAAUUGCUAUGAUGAAUCACUCAUAUCAACUGGUUUCAGAGCGGGCGGACACGGAAUGGAAGUUCGCUCGCAGCAAACUGUGGAUAAGCUAUUUCGAGGAGGGCGGCACCACGCCCCCGCCCUUCAACAUCAUCCCAGCGCCCAAGAGCGUGUAUUACCUCUUCCACUGGUUCUACAAGAAGUUCUGCGGCCAGACGAAGGCGGCGAAGAAGGAGCACAUGAGGACGAUAAGGAGGAAGGCUAGACAAGCAAGCGAGAGGGAGUUGAGAUAUCAGAGCAUCAUGAGGAACCUUGUCCGGCGCUACGUGACGGUGGAGCAGCGCAAGGCCGAGAACCAGGGCGUGACGGAGGACGACGUCAACGAGAUCAAACAGGACAUCUCCGCCUUCCGCUGCGAGCUGGUCGAGAUCCUCAAGAACUCCGGCAUGAACACCUCCACGGCGGUCGCCACGGGUCAAGGUAUUCUGCCCCGCGGCAGUUCAGGUGGGAAGAAGAACCGGCAGAAGGAGCGGCGGCUGAUGAAGGGUUUCAACCUCGGCGUGAACUCCAUCACCCCGCACCUGAGCAUCGCCAGUGCCACCGUGCUCCCGGCUACGGCUGAGGUGGUGGAAGCGGCGGUCAAGCGGUCGCCGGUCAACAAGCUGGCGAGGCUGGCGCGGCUGGCGGAGGCGCGCCUGGGUCGGCCCACCAGCAAGAAGCGGUGGGGGACCCUCGUGGAAGCCGCCAAGAACGCCAAAGUAAAAAAGUUGUUAUCCAGGUCCCGCUCCGACGAGUCGCUCUCCUCCGACCCCGGCAACGAGAUCACCGCUGACUCCGAGGAGGCUCGGGGGGGCUCCGGGACCCCCACGCCCCUCCAGAGCCUCCCUCCGGUGGGCAUCCUUCGGGGAGGCAGCGGUAGCGGUAGCGGCGGCGCCGGCGGCGAUGGGACGACGGAGGGCGGGCGGCGGGAGCGCGCUGGGCUGGGCGGGAGCGGGACGAUGCACCUGGACGCCGCCGCCCUCGUGAGCCAGCAGGACCACGCCUCGCGCCCGCCCAAAAACUCCGUCAGCUUCGACAGGGCGGCGUUGGGCGGGGGAGGGGGAGGGGCCAGCAGCAGCAGCCCCUCCCACUCCUCCAGCGAGGCGGACCCUCCGCCUCCGUACCCCUGGCCACGCCCUGCUGCGGUUACCGCCGCCGCCGCUAACCUAACCAGCGAGCCGCCUGCACCCACGUCGCCGUCCUCGGGGGGCAGUAGCGCGGGCGGCAACAUGCCCGCCCUGCCCGUGAGCGAGUCCUCCGAGCCCCUGGUGGGCGGGGGGCGGCCGGCGAACGGUUCCGUGCAGCCGCCGCGCCUGCCGGGCAUCCAACCCGUCAACCGCCACAUGGCCGCCGGCUGGCUCUGAUGCUCUCCAGAUACAAAGCUGUUUUGGAGUCUAAGCACAAGUUAUCAUCUGCCCAUCUGUAAAUAGGUCGAGCAUCACCCCUGCGUCGGGGACCUGGCAACGCGACUCUGACCCUUCGACACUCAGCACAUAAGGCUCAUUUUCCCCCUUCGCUGUCAUGUCCUGGGAAAAAUGACCCUUAUGCCAAACUGGUACAGAGGUCACAAUCGCUUCUCGGAUCCUGAUGUUUCUCACUUACAUUGUAAAUAACCUAAAGGUGGGACUGGCGGGCUCUUCCCAUGUUUAUAUGAGGUUUAUAAUGUUAAUCCUGAUGGCCGUUUUUAAGAGCCGUUGUGAAGGCGAUGUGAUAAACUAAUUAUAUCUGAAUAUUUAUCCCUCCUUAAUCGUAUAUUCUAAUUGUGGAUUUAAGACUAUAAAUUUUUAGAGAAGGGUUUUAUAAGAAUGUUGUUGUUGAAAUUACUACAGAUUUUAACCAUUCAGAUUCUACCCCACGUUUGUGACUUGUGAAAACUGAGACUGGAAAAAACGCUCCACAUGACACCCCAUCGUGACUGGUGGACAAUAAGCCAAUGACAGUGCUUACCGAGACUUGUUGGAGUUGUGUCGACCAAUCAGCUAUCAGUAUUGCAAGCUCAAGAACGCACAUCUACUUUUAAGAAUUGCUACUCAGAACGAGUGCCAUUGUCACCUUUGUGUCCUAGAGACAUAGGGAACAUUAUAGUAUAACUAAUGUUAAUGUAUUGGACAAAAUGUUUAAUGUAAACACGGGUUCAGAUAUGAAAGUACACUUUAGGCUUUUGUAUAAAUACACUCUUCAUUUUCUAAAAUAGUUGACGGCAAAGAGGCAUUUGCACAAACAUGUUUUACGUUACUAGGUAAACAAGUACUUGUGCUCGACGUGAUCAUUCUACAGUGACAUUCUUCAACACUGCUGGUGCUAAAACCGUAAUUUCCAGGCGGUCGCCGCGGACGCGUCGGAGGCACGACCGCCUCCAGCCGCACCAUCAGCCGACGGUGUUCCGGCUGGCCCCUCUCUCCUUCCUCUCUCAUUUCCUUCUUCUCUUGUAACCUUCUGAGUUGGAAAGCAUGCGGGCCAUCUUCCUCUUCUUUUGUGUCAUGAGCGGUGUCUCAGAACCGAACACGCGCCGAGGGAGAGAUGAGAGAGAAACGCUCUUGGUCACGUGAGAACCGCGACUGAGAACCAGACGUCUCGCUUGCCUCGACCGGCCGACUUCCGCGCAUUUCGGUGAUUUUUUUGUUCUUGAGGGAAGGUCUGGUCAGGAUGUCGCGCCUCCGGGCAGGUGACUCACUCGCUGACAUGUCAGCCUCGAAAUGUGAAGGAUUCCACACGCCUUACAGCCAUCAAGCCUCGUCGAGUCUUUUGCCCCUCUGUAUAAGUGAUACUUGAGAGAAGGGAAAUGUUCCAUUCUGUGUCAUAUUAAUAUUUAUUUUCCUCCAUUCAACAAGGAGAAUUGAAGGCUAAAAAUGUAUUUUCCUUUAAGAUGCGGUCUAAUUGUUUGAGAAGAGGACCCCGGAGAACCCUUCAGGGGAGACAGGGCUCUCCCCCGCCCUCUUCCAGGGUGACCCUCUAGCACCUGGACCCUCUCGGGCGCCGCAAGUGCUUUCGAGUUCACCUUUUCCCUCUCUGCGUGCAUUCAAUUCCGUUUCGCUUUGUUUAUUUUCUCUUGUUUUGGCUGGAUGGCUGCCACUUCAACUAGGUCGUUAGCGCUGAAAUGGCCUCGUUGGUUCUCACACUCUCGAGACGGCGAGCAGUUGUCUGACACAAGCUGUUAGCUUGGUAACCCCAAAGCUUUUUUUCCUCGGUGUUGUAGAGAGGAAGUCAGCCUUAUUCUUAAGGGAUGAAGAGGUAAAAAUUCCUCUAAUUCUUUCUCCUUACUUAUGGCCCUUGUCUAUAAGUGUAAAUGAUGCAUGCAAAAAUUAGCAACACUGUGUAAAUAUUUGCUUUCAGAUCUCUUUUUUGGCAACGAACACUUGGUGUCUCGUAUGUUAGGCUAACGUAUGGUUGUCAGAGUUCUGUGAAGAUAUACUUCUGUUGUUUUGACCGUUGAUUUUGUCGCUUAUACCAAUAUAUAGCGCAUAUAUAUAUCGUAUACAAUAACUUUUUUUUUACCCACGUUAUGGUCGUUUUAUGUUUUUGGGGUUAGGAAUACUAAUGUAAUAAAUAUAUUUGUAAGUUACAGUCCGGAUUUAGAAAAUAAAUCGAGAAAUAAACAGUA